AUGACUUUGGCUCCCAAAAAUGGCGAUUUUUCCUUGGUGUAUUCACUUAGUGGAACUCCCACCACACCUGCUGCAGGAAAAUCUUACAUGGGGAAUGGUACUUCGAUUACUGAUUACUCUGGAUUUGAAUAUGCACUUUUCCCCUACUCUAGUAAUGGCACUACCAACUCAUGUGGGACUAGUAGUACCGUUUGUCGUCUUGUACAUUAUAAUAAUUAUAACCUCCCAAGAGAUCAUUAUUGCAUUUUAGUCAGUAAUCCAAAUAAUGUAGACUAUUAUAUGACGAUGGUAUAUACUUUCGGAGGUACCGAAGCUGCUCGUCGUAGUGUUGAUGAAUCUAUGAGCUCACCUAAAAAAGAAAUUUACGCACGUGAAUUUCGUCGACGUGGUGACUUUAAGGAUAAUGCUUCAAUUGAUUUAAAUAGGCUUAAUCAUGCUUAG